UGUGUCUCCUUGCAGCGGUGACAUAGGGAAAUAGAAGUGGUCGGUAGAAUCGUCGAGAACAUUUGAACUGCUGCAAGUCAUACAAGCUGUAGCAUAUAAAUACGAUGGAUAACCAUCGGCCGCAGUUUUGGAAUAUGUCUUCGACCUCGUCGCAACCUCAGAUGGACCCCGUGAAGGUGACGGUCAAGGCUUACCUGGGAGAUGAAGAGAUCCGUCGAUUUGUCAUUGAGGACCUACAGAACUUCAAAACCCUCCACGAUAGAAUCCGGGCAGCCUUUCCAGCAUUGGCUAACAUGGAGUUCAUCCUGAGAUGGAAGGAUCCUGAGGGAGACUACAUUGUGAUGUCCAGUGAGGCAGAGCUGGCACAAGCUCUGCAGAACAUGACUGAUGGCCUGUUGAGAAUUUAUGUGAACAUCAUGGCCCUGAGAAAGCCAGCUGUAGCUGGUCCCAGUACGGCAAAUCCAGCCGCAGCUGGCCUUGGCACAUUGCACGGAGCUCCAGCGCAGGGUGUUCAUGCUGGAGUUCUCUGCGAUGCUUGUGACCAGGAGAUUCGUGGAGUGCGUUACAAAUGCUUGCAGUGUGAAGACUAUGAUCUCUGUGGGUCAUGCCAUGGAAGGAAAAUGCACGAGGAGCAUGACAUGCUGAAGCUUGUCAACCCUGGCACUCAUCCCUUGUGGGCAUUCCCUGGCUGGAAACGCCUGUGGCGCCACUGUGGCUACCCCCGAAGGGGGGGAGGAGGUGCCAGGGGCUGCCCUGCCCAAAGUGCCCGUCGCUCGGCACCUCACCACAAGCCAGACCAGAAGCAGCAGUACCAGGAGAUCUUGCGUGGCAUCGGAGACACCGUGGCCAACUUUCUUGAACCAUUUGGGAUCACAGUCGAUGUGCUGAACGACAUGGCCAGCAACACUUCUCCACCAGAGCAGCCAAAGAAGGACAGUGCCACAGAACCCAUGGACACCUCGGCGGAGUCGAGUGUUGCAGAGCCGCCAAAGCCUGUUCAAGCGGCAGCCACAGCAGCCGCAGCCGGCAACAGCAGUGCAACGACUGCUGUGCUGGGAGGGCCAUUCAAGGCAUCCGAGACCAACAGCGAGGGAGCUGCGACUCGGGAGACACCCAGGGCCUCUGAGCCUGCAGUGGAAGUUGAAGUGCCCCCUGGCUGGACUUUGUUGAACGCGCUGCGGGACUCUCUCAUGAGUGAUGACAACGGCCUACCCCAUCCCAUGAGCCCAGAAGUGGUACCAGCAGUGCCGAUUCUGCCAGCUGCUCAGUCUGGAGACAACCCUGUGGACAUUGCCUUGGGCCAGAUGCUGGCCAUGGGAUUCAACAACGAGGGCGGCUGGCUGCGUCAGCUGCUCGAAGUCAAGCAUGGAGACAUUGGAGCAGUCCUCGAGUCGCUCCACCCUUCCCCCAAAUGAAGCAUUCUCUGGUUCACUAAAAUUGCAGGGAAUCAAUGAGUGAUUGGAGUGCGAUGUCCAAGCGUAUUUUAUUACAAUUAUGAUCAUUAUUGAUGCAGAGCAGCAGUUAUGCACAAAUUCUUACACCAUUCAUGUGUGCGUUGUUUGUUCAACAAAGUAGCUUAUGUCACCGCCCGAUGAUAACCUUGAGCACAUGUGCCAGCGUUGGCUUCAUGUUGCAUCAGAGGACCAGAUCCUUAUUUUCCUUGGACAACUUAUUUACUUAGGCAGCAGUAAUUUGCAGCGUGACCAUGUAUUAAGUGUUGGUUUCAACUAUUUUUUGCAGAGCAUCUUUUACAUUCCUAAAAACACAGAAGCUUGUAAGACAUGAUGAAUAACUGCACAGCGCAGAAGGAUUAGGGCAGAUAAAAAGAACAGACGGGACAAGCGCUGUUCCUGUCUGUUCUUUUAUAGCGUAGCUCUUAGGCAAGCGCUGCAUUGUCCCUUGUAAUUGAGCAAAAGAUGAAAGCGAAUGCGGAAUACAGCGGGGAAUGAAAGACGUCAGGAGGAAGGCAGAGGAGAUGAUCUCCAGAUAAGCGAGGCAGUGGCACCACACUUAGUUCCGUUCGCAAUGUGCCACAGAAGACAGGCUGUCCACACCAGCCAAUAUAUUGAAAAAUGAAAACGCAUAUAGAGCUGUGCUCAAAUUUCGCGUUAGGGAGUAUCGUAAUCGUCAGUUAAUUUGUUUGCCUGUCCUCGUUCUUUGGUGCUGUACAGCUGUUUCGUCUUUUAUAACUUUGCUGUGAUUCUCUCAAGUCGUAGUGAAACUUUGGCCAGUACUUUCUCAAGCCUUUAUCAGCAAUGUUGCUACAGCAGUGCUUGCAGCAUAGUAUGUCAUUAUGUAGGGACUGCUCUGAACUGCACAUGUAAUGAUUAAGUGCAAAUAAAAGUGUUUUCCAUUCAA